GUUUUGUUUAUAGAGAUGAGAUUCCAGAUGUUUACAGAUGUCACCUUGUCUCCCCCAGCCCAGCAGAUGCUCCUCCUAUGGCAGGGAGUGAACCGGAUGAGAGAGGAGGCAGCAGGACAGGCCACGAUGUGGAGCCACCACAGACACAGCUACCCAGAGCUCGACAAGAUGGCUUGCGCAGCAGACAGCUGUAUCCAAUUUACGCGUCAUGCCAGCGACGUGCUGCUGAACCUCAACCGGCUGCGGAGCCGGGACAUCCUCACAGAUGUCACCAUCCUGGUCAACAGACAGCAGUUCCGCGCUCACAAGACCGUCCUCAUGGCCUGCAGUGGGUUGUUCUACACUAUAUUUACGGACUCCCUGAAGUGUAACCUGAAUGCCAUCAGUCUGGACCCCAAGGUGGACCCCGAGGGGUUUGCCAUCCUCCUGGACUUCAUGUACACCUCUAGACUGACGCUGAAGGAGAGUCUGAUCAUGGCCAUCAUGAACACAGCCAUCUACCUACAGAUGGAUCACGUUGUGGACACCUGCCACAGAUUCAUCAAAUCCAGUGACCCUGGCCAGGCCAACAAGCUGCCCAGAGAUGAGUUCUUGGUCAGCCCCUUACUGUUACCUCAGGGCGUCCAUGCAUACCGGCCCCACGAUGUGGUCGACAACCUGCCCGGCCGCGUCGGCCCCUUCAGAGACGGGAGGCCCUACGGCUCCAGCAUGUUCAACGGGGUCAAUUCCCCCAGCAACUACCACCUCUACGGUCAGUUCCCCGUCCAGGGGUUCCCUUUCCCGCUCUGCAAGCUGACAGACGCCAAAAACACAUUCGCUGACUUCUCUAAAGGCGGGAUCCACCACAAGCACUGUUCCCCCCCGGACACGGGCAGCGCCAUGAGGGUUGAUUACAGCCGAGCGGUCAGCGGGGGCUCGGCCAGCAUCCACCAUACAGCCAGCUACACCACCUCCAGGGAAGAGGAGAUGAGGAAGGAGAGCCAUGAGGGAGGGGUCAGCCAGACUGGUGGGUUGGGAGGCUCCAGGAAGAGAGGGUUCGCCGCGGCGGCCCACGAGCAGCAGAAGGUGAUUCUGGGUAAGGAGCACGGUCCUCAGACGACAGAGGAAGACACGAGCCAGCAGCACUACCCUCUGGGGAUCUCCUCAGCUGGACGGAAGGGCCUGAUGAGUAGCCCUCAGAGCCCGCUCAAAUCGGACUGCCAGCCUAACUCCCCCACAGAGUCCAGCAGCAGUAAGAACGCAGGUCUCUCCCUCUCCCAGGCCGGCCGGUGUGGUGCCCUGCCCCUACAAGGCAGCCAGGAUCCCAAGGCACGCAACUGGAAGAAAUACAAGUUUAUCGUGCUCAAUCAGAGAGCCACCAAGGAGGAGGAUGUUGGGCCGCAGGAGCCGGUGGUCUGCUCCCCCCAGCGCCUGGGUCUGCCCCCCUACCUCCACCCCUCAGACUCAGAGCACCUUGACCCGCAGGCCAACACCAAGAGCAGUGAGCACGGAGAGGACCUGGCGGUUCCACAGGCCUCCCGACUCUACAUCAUCAACAGAGCUCUGGAGGGAUCACAGAGGAGCGCUGACAGCCACUCCUCUCUCUACAUCAGCCACUUAAAGUGCACCUCCUGUGGUGCCCCGCCCCCGCAGCACUCUGAAGUGUGUCCCAACACCCCGGCUACCUGUUUAGCGGAGGACAUGAUGUCAGAGUUACACUCGGAGUACUCCGACUCCAGCUGUGAAAAUGGUACGUUCUUUUGUAACGAAUGUGACUCCAAGUUUGCGGAAGACGAAACCCUGAAGCGCCACGUGCUGCAGGCCCACAGUGAUAAGCCAUACAAGUGCGACCGUUGUCAGGCUGCUUUUCGCUACAAAGGAAACCUCGCCAGCCACAAGACUGUCCAUACAGGAGAGAAGCCGUAUCGCUGCAACAUCUGUGGUGCUCAGUUCAACAGACCAGCUAACCUCAAGACCCACACUCGUAUCCACUCAGGAGAAAAGCCAUACAAAUGUGAGACAUGCGGAGCUCGAUUCGUGCAGGUUGCCCAUCUCCGUGCCCAUGUGCUGAUCCACACCGGGGAGAAGCCAUACCCGUGUGAGAUCUGUGGAACGCGCUUCCGUCACCUGCAGACGCUGAAGAGUCACCUGCGCAUACACACAGGAGAAAAGCCCUAUCAUUGCGAGAAAUGCAACUUGCACUUUCGCCACAAGAGUCAGCUUCGAUUGCACCUCAGACAGAAACACGGAGCAAUUACCAACACCAAGAUCCAGUACCGCAUGUCUACCACAGAGCUGCCAACAGACCCGACCAAGGCGUGCUGAACCCGAGCGGGCAGAUAGUCUAACAGACGGGCCAAUCUUGACCACGGCAUUCAAUG